AUGGUGGGGACCCUCUGCACUCUCAUCACUGCUCUAACAUGUGUUAGUGGUGUGACGGUGGUGACACAGAAGCCUCCUGUUGUGACAGUGAGGAAAGGAGAGACAGCCACCAUGGACUGUAACCUGGGGACUGUUACUAACGAUGCUGUUCGCUGGUAUAAACAGAUUCCAGGAGGAGUUCCUCAGUAUGUGCUGACGUUUUAUCAUAGCUGGAGCUCUGUAAAGUAUGGCUCUGGAUUCUCUUCUCCCAAAUUCACAUGUAAUCAUCAGUCAACAUCAGAUUAUCGACUGAUCAUCAACAAUGUGGAGGAGGGAGACUCAGCUGUCUAUUUCUGUAAAACAUGGGACAGCUCUGUGAAUGAGUACGUAUUCGGACAAGGAACCAAGCUGAGUGUGACAAGCUCCAGUCUCUCUCCUCCUGUCCUGACAGUCUUCCCUCCGUCCAGUGCUGAGCUCCAGUCCAACCAAGCCACUCUGGUCUGUCUGUCCAGUCAGUCUGUGCCUUUUGCAGAUGUGACCUGGUUGUCUGCUGGGAGUCCAGUGAGCAGUGGGAUCUCUACCAGCACCGCUGUUCAGCAACCAGACCAGACUUUCCAAAUCAGCAGCUAUCUGUCCAUCCAGACGUCAGACUGGAACAUGGAUAAGGUUUACACAUGUAAAGUGUCUUUGGGCUCCCAGACUUCAGAGACAAACAUCAACAAGUCAAAGUGUCCCUGAAGAAUAGUAGAGGAGCAGAAUGAGCAUUUCAAAUCUGCUUCUUUACUGUUUGUGCUGUUUGCUCAUUACAAAGUUUAGAUGUUAGAAAAGAUGUGUCUGCAUGCUUGUAAUAAAUGUUGUGACAGCUAGGUGGAGGUGUUGUAUCAGCUUUGCAAUUGUUACAUUUUUCAAGACUUGUUUUAUUAAAUAAAAGCAUUCU